UAAAAAGUGCACUGAUUUUGUUUUGACAUUUCGCAAUCCAUAUUCAGUUUAAAUAUACACCACACAACUAUAGAUAGAUAACAACACUGUACGCAAUAGGACGCUUAUAGCAUCGAUAUUACGGAGAAACGCGCAAUUUAUAAUAAUAGUUUCACUUUUGACGGCAGCCGUAUCAAAACGAAAAAUUCGUGAUUAAAGAUGUUUGGUUUAUUUGGUAGUUUCAAGAGACCGCUAAAAGGAUAUAAAAUCACCACCAUCGAUCGAAAGAAAAAAUAUGGUGUUGCAGCCGAUUCACUGCAAAUGUUGAAGGACAAGGCUUCAGUAAAAUUGAAGAUUGAGAAUUGCCGGGUGUUCCUCGCAAGAGAUGGUACCGAAAUUCAAGAUGAUACCUAUUUUGCGACAAUUGAACCGCAAACAUUAUUUGUAAUUGCGACAGAUGUGCAUCUAGUGAAAACAGACUUUCAACUGAUGUACGAAGCAAUACGAAGUGUUCAUGCCCAUACAUUUAAUGCGGCAGAAACAAUUCAAAAUUUCAUCACCGAUAAUCGUAGUGAAUUUGAGAAAUUCUUUGUAAAUUAUCAAGCAAAUACAAAAAAUUUGAUUGAAAAAACUCAGGCAAGCAAUCGCAUUGAACACAGCGAAUGGUUUGAAGGUGUAUCAGAAACACUACAUACAAAAGAAGAUGUCAUGGCUCGGAGAUCUCAAGAUCGUAUUCGAGGCUACUAUUAUAAAGCAAAGGACGAACUACAAAAUUCAAGCAUCUAUCGAACAAAUGCCAAUGCACGUAAAUUGCUCGAUGACUUAUUGGAAAUGUUCCAGUACUUUUUGAUCGGUGUUGAUUAUUUCAGUUCAUUGUUUAAUCGAAAGUGUGAAAAUCGGCACCAAUUCGUGCUUGAACUUGAAAAUAAUGAUGAUAUUGAUGGAACCAGAGGACCACCAAGAAAGAAAGUAAAAGUGGACGCAAUACGUGAUAUUAUUAGUGAAACCGACUUGAAAGAAAACUAUUGUGUUUCACUUUGUAAUGAGCAAGGUGAGUUUCGAUGCCACGGAUUAUGGUCGAGUCAAAAUUGCCAAUAUAAAAACCACCGAAUUAAUCCAUAUGCCAGCCGAGAAAAUGUGAUUCUAUUUUCACAAUGGAAUUUAGAUCAUCAGAUUGAAAUUUCACGAACAGUUUUACCAAACAUUUUGAAUAACGUACAUGCCAUCGUUAUUGAUAAGGUCAAGUGCGAAGAGCACAAAAAACCCGCAUGUCAACUGUCUGCAAUGGAAUACUUUUUGGAAUUAUUUACUAUACAAAAUUUAAAAUUGGUGCACAUUGUUUGUCAUGACAAAGCCACCCACGAUUUAUCGUCGACUGGCAAAAUUUUAUGUGAUGAAUGCAAAGAGUACCAAUUCAUACAAAAUAUUAUGGGAAAAAUGAAGAAAAUCGGCAAAUAAAUAGUGUCGUAAGCAAAUUAUACAGGAUUGGUAAGUUGACAAGACUAAAAAAAUGGAUUUAAACUAUUAGACAUAGACAAUAUUUGCAAUGUGUUGACUUCCAUAAAAUACUAUUUUUAGUCCAUUUCUUAUAUGCUAUGCAAUAAAAGAAUUCAGUGAAUGAUGCUUAAUAAUCAAACAUUCCAAAUAGCAACAGUUGUCAAUAACAUAAUAACUAUUUAAAAUCAAAAUAAAAGUCUAUAUAAUGUGUUUAUAAAUGUUAGUAGCACGUAGUCUAUGCUUAUUGUAUGAUCGAAAUGAUCAAUUCAUCAAUGCUUUAUAAUUAAUCGUUAAAAUCCAAAAUUGAACGAAAUAGAUGUAGACAAGUUGCUUGCAUUGAAUAAAAAAUCAAAAAUAUGCCAUGACAUUUGAAAAUUGUUGUUGCAAUUGUUUAUAUGCUUCAAAACACUAUUAAUGAGUAUCAAAAACAUGAACAAAUUUUAAAAAACAAUUAUUAUAAUAAUUAUGUUUGGAAUUUUUCGAUUGGAAACUAUUAAUUAACCUCGAGUUCAUAAUGUUUGAAUGAACGUGCAAUUACCAUCAAUUUUUGGCUUGUAAAAAAUAUUGACAACAAAAUAUCUUGUUGAAAUUGUUUGUCAAAUCAUCAUUUCCAUUAAAAAAAAUUAUUUCGAUAAGUCAAAAUUGACUUUAUCUUUUAUGAAAAAAAAAUCAGCAAUAUUUUUUUCAAUGUUUGGAUUUCACAUUAGGUUGUUGUUGUUGUUUUGACAUGUCCUGAAUAGCCCUUUUAUAAUCCUAUAAAUUUGACGAUUCCCUUCCGAUAAGAAUAACCUCCUUUUACGAGCUUUGUGACAUUAUCGGUUUUUUGUGAAAUAAUUUAUUUUGUACGGUAUCUGAAAUUUUCAUAUAGUAAGAA